CAUGCCCUGAUGGUGCUGUUAAUUCCUUAUCUUUAAAGCCAUUCUGAAGACUGUCACAUAAUAUGGACAAACAAGCUUUCCAAGAAGAGCCCCCAUUUCCCGAGGGCCUCAAACUAGCUCAACUUGAAGUCAUCGACUAUGACAAACUGGCCGACGGCCCUGAUGCUGACGAAGCAAGGCGUCUCUUCGAGGCCUGCAAGCAUUAUGGGUUCUUUUACCUGAAGCUGGACCAAAGUGAGAAGGGUCAGCAGCUACUCGACCUCGCCAAAGAGACCUUCACUCUGCAGAAGAAGGUCUUUGAUCUGCCUUCCGAGGAGAAACGUCCUUAUGAUACGGGCCAGUUUCUUGGAUACACUGCCCCUGGCGGAACCGUCAUUGACCGUAACGGCACUCGAGACCGCAUGGAAGUAUGGAAUCUCGGGAAAGACGAUAUCAUGCAGCCCGGCUACAGUAUCCCCAAGCCGCCUCUCUUGCUGGAGAGUCAAGAGACCCUUCAGACCUUCACGCAGAGCUGCCAUGAAGUUGCCUUGACCAUCCUGGCCGCCCUGGAAUUGCUCCUCGACCUCCCAAAGGGCACAUUCGCCGACUUGCACCGACUUUCUGCCGAGUCCGGAGACCACGUCCGGUUCCUAAAGGUUCCUCCCCAACCAGAUACGGACCGUCGUACCGCGCUGGGUGAGCACACUGACUUCGGCAGCAUCACGGUUCUCUUCAACCGUCUGUCGGGACUGCGCGUAGUCGAGCCUGGCCGUCAGUACGGUGAGAACGACUGGGACGAAUGGCCGUGGGUACAGCCACGGCCCGGUCAUGCGAUCAUCAAUCUGGGCGAUGCGUUGGUGAAGUUCACAAACGGCCUCUUUCGCUCGAAUGUGCACCGCGUGGACCCUCCCUUGGGCACUCAGAAGCUCGUGGAUCGGUACUCCCUUAUCUACUUCUCGAGACCGCGCGACGAUGUAGUGCUGAAGCGCCUGCCUGGCAGUGGGGUUAUUCCACCAUUAGCAGAUGGAGUUGUGGAGGAAGAGCUCACGAGCAAGGAGUGGAUCGAGCGACGUGCAGCUGGGAAGCGUCACGGCAAGUUCAAGGGCCCGGAGCACUGGGACCGUAUGAGUGGCACGGAAAGUGCCAGCAAGGCCAAGGCUUCUCCUCUCGUUGCAGUCUAGCUUGCUUGCUCCAUUGCUUGUGUGUACGGGGCUCGCAAAUUUGUCUUGUCCCCUUUUGCAAUCGGUGAUAUGAUAUGAUGUUUUGUGGGCGGUACGGUGCCAGACCCGAACCUCAGAAUGUGAAGAUUGUCAUCAUUGGAAAUUAUAUUCGG